AGAAUAGCAACAAGUUUCGCUUUGUUCACAAUAUCUGCUGAAUUUGCCAUUCAAAGUAUGUUUUUUUUCUUCUUCUGAGGAUUAGCUUUGCCAUCGUCCAGCCAUUGAGCACUAUGUUACUGAUACAGCUAUUAGUGUUUUAUGGCACUGUGAUCUCUGUAACGUCCGACAGAGCGUGUGAUGUUUGUAACUGUAGCGGUACAGUGGUGAAUUGUACUGGCCGGUCAUUAACAGAAAUCCCGACGGACAUUCCGGAGAAUACAACAAAGCUGUUCCUAAACGGCAGUCAAAUAAGAGAAAUACCACAGACAGCAUUCCUCAGUCUAGUAAAUUUACAAUGGCUGUGGCUACAUGACAAUCAAAUAACAGAAAUACCACAGAGAGUAUUCUCCAGUCUCGUCAAUUUAGAACAACUGUAAGUGUAUUUUUCUUGUAAA